AUCACUCCUUCAAAUCAUACUCAGCUGCAGCUGCAGCUGCCUUCCUCCCUCUAUUCUGACUUUGAAAUAGUUGCAGACCAAACAUGGGCUCCUCACCAUUCACAACCCUCGCAGCUGUUCUCAUUUUCCUCAUGGCCUCCCUUUGCCUCCUGCCUCCGCCUGCCUCUGCCAACCACGCAGGCAUUACAAGGCACUACAAGUUCAAUAUAAGGAUGCAGAAUGUGACAAGGCUGUGCCACACAAAGAGCAUGAUCACAGUGAAUGGGAAGUAUCCAGGGCCUCGCAUCAUCGCCAGAGAGGGUGACCGCUUGCUCAUCAAAGUGGUCAAUCAUGUCCAGAGAAAUAUCAGCAUUCACUGGCAUGGGAUUCGACAGCUGCGAAGUGGGUGGGCUGAUGGGCCGGCCUAUAUAACUCAAUGCCCAAUUCGAACGGGCCAGAGCUAUGUUUACAACUUCACCAUUGUGGGCCAAAGGGGAACUCUGUUCUGGCAUGCCCACAUUUCGUGGCUGAGAGCCACCAUUUAUGGGCCCCUUGUCAUCCUUCCCAAGCCCAAUUCCUCCUACCCAUUUCCCAAACCCUACAAGGAAGUGCCCAUCAUCUUCGGAGAGUGGUGGAAUGCUGAUACAGAGGCAGUGAUCAGCCAGGCCCUUCAAACUGGAGGCGGCCCAAAUGUGUCCGAUGCAUACACCAUUAAUGGAUUUCCCGGCCCAUUAUACAAUUGCAGUUCCCAAAAUGAUACAUUCAUGCUCAAGGUGAAGCCCGGGAAGACAUAUCUCCUACGCUUCAUCAAUGCUGCACUCAAUGACGAGCUCUUCUUCAGCAUCGCCAACCACACCCUCACCGUCGUUGAAGCCGACGCCGUCUACGUCAAACCUUUCCAAACCCAAAUCCUCCACAUCACCCCAGGCCAAACCACCAACGCCCUCCUCCACACCCAUCCCCACCACCCUCCCACCGCCACCUUCCUAAUGGCCGCCAGCCCCUACUUCACCGGCCAAGGCACCUUCGACAACUCCACCUUCGCCGGAAUCCUCCAGUACGAACCCCAUCCACAUCUCCCUUCCCCACCCACAAACCUCUCCGUCCUCAAACCACCCCUUCCUGCCAUCAACGACACCUCCUUCACAGCAAACUUCAGCAGCAAGCUCCGCAGCCUGGCCAACUCACAGUUCCCCGCGAACGUGCCGACGACAGUCGACAAGCGGUUCUUCUUCACUGUGGGACUCGGGAGCAGCCCGUGUCCCAAAAACCAAACUUGCCAAGGUCCCAAUGGCACAAAGUUUGCAGCUUCGAUCAACAACAACUCCUUUCCUCUGCCUACGACGGCGCUCCUGCAAGCACAUUUUUUCCGACAGUCGAAGGGCGUUUACACCACCGAUUUUCCGAGCUUUCCUCUGUUUCAGUUUAAUUAUACGGGGACUCCGCCGAAUAAGACGUUGGUGAGCAACGGGACCAGGGCGGUGGUGCUGCCGUUCAACGCCAGUGUGGAGGUGGUGAUGCAGGGCACGAGCAUUCUUGGCGCUGAGAGCCAUCCUCUCCAUCUUCACGGGUUUAACUUCUUUGUUGUGGGACAAGGGUUUGGAAAUUUUGAUCCAAAGAAGGACCCUCUUGGAUACAAUCUCGUCGAUCCCGUUGAAAGGAACACCGUCGGCGUGCCGGCCGGCGGCUGGUUGGCCAUCCGGUUCUUCGCCGACAACCCAGGUGUUUGGUUGAUGCAUUGCCACUUUGAUGUUCAUCUGAGUUGGGGGUUGAGGAUGGCGUGGGUAGUGAUGGAUGGGGAGCUCCCCAAUCAGAAGCUGCCACCUCCACCGUCUGAUCUCCCCAAGUGUUGAAUCUCUCGAUGAUCGGGAUUGUUGCGGCAGCUUCUGUUUUGCAGGAGAAAUCAAUUUCUUGGAUCUUCUUUAAUUAAUUAACUUAAUAUUGUUUUGUUUGUUGAUCAUGUACGUAUUUUGGGAGUUCUUACAAGAAUCAUGCAUGCAUGCAUGCACCCAAUUAGCCAGCUUUAGCAUUGAGCUACGUGUUUUGUUUGGACGCUUGGGUCUAACAAGUUUAUGCCUGAGUCCAGUCCAUUCAAAAGAGUUGGGAAAGAGAUCGACACAGAGAAGAUGAUUUUGUAACACGAUUUCAUGAAAUAAGCUUCAUUACUACGUAAUAAAUACAUAAUGAAACUUACAUCUC